GUGGUUCAUCUUCUGGACGCAGAAGUGGUGGCAGUGGUGGACCAGGGGCAACUUCUACUGUAGUCCCAGGCUCCGCGUCGUCUGAACCACAAGCAGGACCCGGUGCAGUUGACCAGCAGCAAACUGGCGCGGCUGUUUCGACAACGCCUGGCGCUACACAGCUGUCGCCCGGGGCCGGAACGGCGGGCACUAGUACUGGUGCAGCAGGUACUCCUCGCGUCGGUGGAACAACUGCGAGCGGACCAACAGGCGGUGGUGGAGGUGGACAGCAGACGUCGUCCACUGCUGGUGGAACAACGGGAGGAGGAGCUUCACCAUCUACAGGUGUAGCUUCAGUGCCUUCAACAGGUGGGACGACAUCGCCCACUGUUCCAGUUGGGGCCCCAGCCACGGCGCAACAGCACCAGGAGCCCGGUCUUGUAGCUGGCCGAGUGCAGCAGCAGCCUCCACCAGCACGGGGUGGGGCGCAUCAUGGGCCUGAGCAGCCCCCAGCGCGAGUUGGGCCACAUCAUGCGCCUGGUGGCCCAGUGCCGCAGCAGCAGCAGCAUCCCCCGAGACGUAGACCACAUGGCCAUGGGCCUCUUCUUCUACCCGCAAAAACCAGCCCGCUCGCCCACAGGACAAUCAUCACCCCACCACACAAUUCCGACGGCUCUAAGACACCCGGGAGGAGCAUCAGCAUGAUCGGCUCCCACGUUGCUCCUGCUGCGAUGACUGCUCCCAUUAGACUUGUAUCCAUAGGAAAUAUGUCCGGAGAGCUGGCGUUUGUGUUGCGCAAUGCCAUCGAUCAGAAUCUGCAAGAAGCCUUGGAAAACUUCAAGUUUUACGAGGCUUGUUGCAGAUUCACACUUAUUCGUAAAACGCAUGACAGACUGACCCUGACCAAUCGCAAUGACGCAUUACAGAUCGCGCCAUCCUUCAAACCCCGCGCGACUCUUCCAGACCCAGACAUCUUUGCAACGCAUAAACUGCCCAGCCGGAAUCACUGUGCGAACAUUUUGAGACCGUCUGGGACCUUAUCCAGUUCAAAUGUAUCCGGGUCUGGAAGAUUGCGAGACCUGUAAUUCUAAACUCCAUGCUCCCCAACUCUGGAAUGCGUGUGCUAUCAUACUCCCGACAUCGUGCUGCUUAUUUGUCAUGCAGAAGCGCAACUUUUUACUCGCUUUACGCAACACCGGACAACUCAAAAAUCUGUCAUGCUUGGCUGCAUAAGCAUACUUUGGUCAUUGUCAUUCCGUAUUCCAUAAAGCAGCAUCACAACUUUCCAGACCCAGACAUAUUUGCGAUGGAUAAAUCGCAUCCGAAAAAGUCCUUCAGCCCUGGAGCACGCCAGCGAGGCCUGUCGCGACAGCUUCCCCAUAGUGUUAGAAGCCGUGCGGUUCGAGGAAGUUCCCAAAGCAACCGGCACAGAAAAGGAGAGCCAGGAAGCUCUCCGCGUUUUCGGGCUUCUCCGGUUUGCUUCAACCCGGUUGCAGGACCAUGGGGAUAUUGUUUUUCCCGCAGUAAAGCACGUCGCGCACAACCUCGAGUUUGCAUCCCCGCGGCUGCGGGACGAUGAAAAUCUUGUUGCGAUCGCCGUUACAUAUGAUAUGCAAAAGCUUUUCGCACUGAGCAUUCGACUUGUCAUGUUGAGGAGCUAUGUAUACAUUAGGGAAUAGACUUUUCAAGCAGUACUGCAACUACUACAAAGGCAAAAACUCUACUUUUGCAUUCGAUAUUGCAGCUGUGCCCGCAAUGCUUGAGUUCGCCUCCGAGCGCUUACGGGGGAAUCGAGACGUACUUCGCUCAGCGAUUGACAACGAAGAUGACAGCGCUGUUCCUGGCAACGAGGGCCGGCACGGGCCGGCGACAAGUCGCGACUGUGUCGCUAUGAGGUUUGCUUCCUCGGAACUGCAGCGGGACCGGGAGCUGGGCCUGGCUGCAGUGCGGCGAUGCGGCCGGGCGCUGCGGCAUCUGGAUUUCGAAUUGCGUGACGAUGACGAGGUCUGCCGAGAGGCAAUCGCACGAAACCGCACUGCCCUUGAAUUCACGUCCGAGCGGUUUCGCUUAUCAUGCGGAAAAAUGGCUUGCGCUGCCCGAACUCCAAAAGUUUUUUUUUUGGUGCAGUCCUCACUUAUAUAUGAGUAGGCUUGUCGCAAAAAGGCGGUGGGGAAGGAGCAGCCACUGGGUACUUAGUUUAAAGAUAUUUGCCUGCAGUUUAGCGUGGCGCUAGCCUGAUGGGCUGCGUCUUAAGUUACUACAGUGGCUCUUUUCGCUAUCAAAAGCCGCUACCUAAGCUAGUUUCCACAGCUUCCCACGACAACAAGCUACCAGCCUUUGUCUUCUUCUGUCAUGGCGCGAAAACUUCGAGGCAAGUGGAACAUCUUUGCACUUAGUGAAAUUUAUUUGACUACCGGGCAUUGGCUUUUUUUCCUUUGAUUCGCCCAGAGUUACUACCAAGCACAGCAGGAGGUAGCGACGCUUGCCUGGGUGGUAACCGGGGUCGCGAUCUUUCUCGCCGCCCUGGCCGUUCUCGUCGCGGUGGUCCUUGUGGUGCAAUGCAAUAGGAACAAAAACCCGAGCAGAUACUACGAUCUGCAGGACUCUGAUUUGAUCCCGAGAGAGGGGUCGGUGAAGGUAAAAUUCGACGUUCGGCGGCAUCGCUUUUUCCAAGUACCAAAUGAACAUAGCGCGUCAAACCCAGUGCGGAAAGGCAAACACCGGAAGGCCGCCUGCCAUGGUAUGCUACCGAGGGGGCGAGAACAAGGAGAGCGAAAAAGCCGGCCUUAUGGCAUGCCAACAGCAUCGCAGCCUCCGGCCAAUGACAGAGGAGGACGCUGCACGAGAGCUGCUGCGAGCUCUGCUGUAGAGGAAGCACCUGCGGGAAAAGAGCCUGUCGUCCUGGAUGCGCCGCAGGUACGAUAAUUUAAUUGAUGCUCGUCUAUAGACAGAUUAGUGGUGCGACCUGGAAUCAAGAAAAGCUGAGAAUCUUGCGAUGGAUCAAGUUGGCCGAUAAUCUUCUUGCAGAUUUUUGUUGGGCCAGCUCGAAGAUUGCUCUUUGUCAUUUUUUUCGCCCACAUUUUUUGUAGAUGAGCAGGAGGAUUGCUCGUGGACCAUGUGUGCUUUUUGCGGGAAAGCAUCAAGAUAUGCAAGAAAACAACUGUGUAAGUGUAAGUCUGGGACACAGAAAAUGCAAAACUGGCACAUGUGUCAUGCUGGAUUUGCAUCAUAGGCCACUUGCGUACGCGUUUCCACAUAGUACGAGCUACGCAUGACAGGUCUUUCCUGUAAUGCAAGACGAAUUUGUGAUGCUGAUCUAGAUCUUCCUGCAAAGUUACACUUACACAGUUUUUUUCCUGGAUACAACAGGCAGACAUACGCUUACUCGAAAUACUAUGGACUUUCCAUUUUGAAAUUUUUUACCAGGCCUCCGCGAGAAGAAGUUCGGAGAUCGGCCCCGUCCUUGAGUUUGACAGUGUAAUAGACGCGCCCGACAUUGCCGAGAACCUGCUUGAGGGGCAGGACAGGGAUCACGUCGAUCCUGGGGACCAGCUAGCGCGGCCGGCGCUCAGCCCGGGACCAAAAAAUCGCUCCCCGGCCCGGCCAAGGACACACUGGAAGCGAGGGGGCGCGGAUGCUCCAGGCGGCGGCGAAGCUGGCUGCGCAGCAGUCCCAGAGCACGGGUCCGACAAUUUCCCGCCCGCCUCCGCGGCCAGAUUUUUUCUACCUGGCAACAGAGCGCGGAAGCAGACCAAGGCCCCUUGCAGCAAGGCCGGCCCUCCACCACCCGUGCAAACCUUCCGCACGGUCGAGGGCGUGCCCGCCCGCGUCCGUGUGUAUGAAGCGGCAGACGAGAAGCCGGGCGAGGAGAAUAUCAAAGGACGGCCAGCGCAGGGGCGUUGCUACAUCAUCACUAUGAAGCAGGGCGGCCCCGCGGCCCAGAAGAAAAUAUCCAACGAACAAAAGAAUCCUGCAAGACGCGCGGAAGAUCAGGCUGGAGAAAAUGCGCCGGUAGAGCAAGUGCCACAGCUGCACCUGCAAGGGCAACGCGAACAAUGCGGUGGCAGAGCAGCCCCCGCCGACCCGUUCUUCCAACACGACGGGCACGGCAUGA